GUUCCUGUAAAGGAAGUCAAAAGUUCGUUCACUUCAGCUCCAACAUUAGAGAAAACACAAAUUGUGCAUAGAGAAGAAAAAUGUAGGCAAGAUGAACCUGAUGCCAUACCAGAUGUUUCAAAAUUAGACCAUUAUACGGUUCGAGAAGAUAUUUUAGAAGAAGUAAGAAAAGGUCGAUACAUUAUCGAAACUGCCCCGUCUGAUCUAGUAGACUUUGGUGGACAGCGGUCAUAUGAUAUGACGCAUCAAUUAUUCAUUCAACACCGAGGUUCGUUCAUCAUUAUGUUCAAUGGAAGAUAUGAACUGAAAACACCUCUAACGGAAUAUCCCCAAGGUGAUGUCACCUCGGAAUCAUUAAUCAUGCAUUGGAUCAAUUCAAUUCUAACAUACUGUCCAGAAGGGGAUGAUAUAAUGCCGAUGGUUCUCUUUGCAGCAACACACAGUGAUUGCUUCACUCCAGAAGAAGCUCGAAACAGGAAAAUGUAUUUUACGAAAGAAAUUACUGACCUGUUCUGAGAGCACGAACAAAGAAAACAUAUGUUCCUGGAUACAGUAUACUUCAUCAAUGGUACCGAUGAGCAUGACCCAGAGAUCAAGGUUUUGACUCAGCAACUGGUCAGAUUUGCAAUGCAACAGUCGACAUGGGGACAAAAAAGACCAAUGGCAUGGGUGCCAUUAGAAUUACAAAUAGAUAAUAUGAGAUCCCAGAAUAUCAAUAUCAUUACGAGAAAUCAACUCGAGUACAUUAAUAGGCUAAAUGAAGAUCUGGCUCUAACAGAAGGGCAACUAGAAGAUUUCCUCCGGAACCAACAUGCAAUUGGUAAAGCAAUGUACUACAAACAACCUGGCCUAGAAGGGUUCGUCAUCAUACAUACACCAGCACUGGUCAACAUUAUGAGGUCAUUCAUCACGGAUGAGAUGUUCUGGCCACACAAUGCGGAGCUCAAAGAAAUUCUCCAGAACCUAGUUCUUACCGGGAAUAUAUUCAAGAGUGAUCUAUGGAAACUUUGGGGACAAGACAGCUUCCAUCAAUAUUUGCCGACCGAAGAACUUAAAGCUUUUGUUGCAAAGCUACUUAUACACCUAGAUAUCCUUAUCCAGCCGAAACACAAUACCUCGGCUUCUGGAGAUGAGAUAUACCUCGUUCCAUGCAUGGUGAAAAAAAGUCCUCCACCUGGUUUCUUCUUACGUGGAACCAGCGAUUCUAACACAAUCGUAUUAGCAUACUCUCUAGCAAUAACAUCUAUUCCAUCUGCACUUGCAUUUAAGAUUAUCGGUGCUGCAUCAAAUAAUUUGCUUUUGAAAAAGGAAGAUGGAAAGCAAUGUCUUUUUUACAAAGCUGCGAUUUUUAUGGUGGAUGACGACAAUGAAAUCAGAAUGUGUCUAGAAGACAAUCGCGUAAUGGUAAACCUAGUUAACCGAACAUCGUUACACUUCCUUUCACCUGACAUAGCUGCAAGCGUACAAGAAUGUCUAACUAAGACACUUGAGUCGUCUAUAGCCUUCUACUAUACAAGUAAUGGAAAGCAGAUUGAUCCCAGUGAAGUUUUAAACAAGAUCAAGAUUGAAGUAGGAGUAGUAUGCAACAACUCAGUAUGUCUUCUAAACCUUAACGACUCUUCACACGGUAUCGAAUGGACAUGCACAGCUGGCAAUCGGAAUCAUAAGAAGAAAUAUCCAAUGUACUGGUUCUUUGAUCAGAAACAAAAAGAAUGUCAUCAAAGAUGUACAGGUCUUGAUACAACAGAAUUGAAAACAAUUCCAAGCAACAAGCAUCUUGUUAGAUUAGCUUCCAAGUUUGGAAUUACUUUAUUUGGUGAAUUCAUCAUUCACAUGGGAUUGGAAACACAGGAAUAUUGCAAUAUACAACACCAGUAUGAAGCUAAUGGAGUACAUAGUGUUAUGUUCAUGGCAUUGGUAAAAUGUAUGAAAGACAUUGAAGCUAAACUGAAACGCCCAUCGUUGAAACCCAUUAGAGAUGCUCUGAUAGCAGUUAACUUGAACCAUCAUAUCCUAUGCCAGAGUUGA